AUGCCAGUGGGCUCAGGGUUCAUUCCCUCCAGGAUCGCACCGGCACUACUUAGACAAGCAUCCUAUGGCACCAUCAAGAUUGGAAUUUACCAGAGCCUGAAACGACUUUUCGUGGAUCGCAUGGAAGAUGAAACGUUGCUCAUCAAUGUGAUCUGCGGGGUGGUCUCGGGGGUCAUCUCCUCUGCACUAGCCAAUCCCACAGAUGUGCUGAAGAUACGAAUGCAGGCUCAGGGCAGCUUGUUCCAGGGUGGGAUGAUAGGCAGCUUCAUUGACAUCUACCAGCAGGAAGGUACCCGAGGCCUCUGGAGGGGUGUUGUCCCCACGGCCCAGCGAGCUGCCAUCGUGGUGGGAGUGGAGCUGCCUGUCUACGACAUCACCAAGAAGCACUUAAUCCUGUCAGGCCUGAUGGGUGACACCAUCUUUGCCCACUUCGUUUCCAGCUUCACAUGUGGGCUGGCAGGAGCCAUCGCCUCCAACCCCGUGGAUGUGGUGCGGACACGGAUGAUGAACCAGCGGGCGAUCGUGGGCAGCACGGAGCUCUACAAGGGCACUCUGGAUGGCCUUGUGAAGACUUGGAAGAGUGAGGGCUUCUUUGCACUCUACAAAGGCUUUUGGCCCAACUGGCUUCGAUUGGGUCCCUGGAACAUCAUCUUUUUUAUCACAUACGAGCAGUUGAAACGCCUCCCGUUCUGACAGCUGCCUUCAUCUCACCAGAGUCAUCCUUGGGGCUGGCAGCAGAGCUGUGCUGCAGCCUUCCUCUUCAUCCCACCAUCCCCAUGUUGUGGUGUUUGGUACCUGUGGGCCUGGGCUCCCCGCGCAAAUGCAUGGUCCCUGGAGCAUGAGCUGGCUGGGAUAAUUGGGAGCCCAUGGCAGGAGCUGCAUGUUUCCCACCCGGAGCUGUACGUGUGUCUGGGCCUGCAGCAAUAUCUUCUGUGAAGAUCAGUGCAUGCCAGUGGCCUUCGGGGCACUGUGGCUCGUGGGUUGGCAGGUGUGGGUGUCCUCCUGUGCCUGCAGGGCGAGGCUGGGGCCCAGGAAGGUGCUGUCAUGUUUAUUGCAGAACUGUAACUUCAUUAAAUUAUUUAUUGACUGGAUGGCU